CAACUGUACAUUGUGCACAUGGUGAUCUGUCUGCAUCAAGCUUUCAUCCCAGACAUUGCUUUAUCCAGGUAUGGAUCAGUCAGUGACUUUCUUCUUUGUGGUAUUACUUGCUGUCUUUGUUUACUAUUACAUGAAUACAAAGAACAAAGCAAGUGAAGAAGCAAGUAUUGUCUUUAAUAGCACAUACGACUAUAUAAUAGUUGGAGCAGGGUCCGCUGGAUGUGUUCUUGCUAACAGACUAUCUGAAGAUUUAAGGUCAUCAGUACUAAUUGUAGAAGCUGGAGGAUCGGAAAACGAGAAUGAACUGAUGCAUAUACCUAUUGCGGCCGGAGGUUUGCAAAAUACAAAACAAGACUGGGCCUAUAGAACAGUUCCUCAAAAGAACGCAUGUUUCGGUUUAAAAAAUAAGAAAAGUGCUCUGCCGAGAGGGCGUGUCCUUGGUGGUAGCAGCUCCAUUAACAAUAUGCUGUACGUAAGGGGGAGCCGCCAUGAUUUUGAUGGUUGGGCAAAAGAGGGUGCCGAAGGAUGGAGCUACAGGGAUAUUCUUCCAUACUUCAUUAAAUCAGAAGAUGUUAAAAUACCAAGAUUAAAAAAUUCACCCUACCAUGGAAAAGGAGGUCUACUUACAGUUACUGACGGAACAGCCACCCCUCUGAACGAUGUGUAUAGACGAGGAAUAGAAGAGCUUGGUUAUUCUGUUGUGGACUGCAAUGGGAAAUCACAAAUAGGCUACUGUCACUCACAAGAAACGGUCAGAAACGGAGAGAGAUGGAGUACGGCUAAAGCCUUUCUAAGACCUGCUAUGAAUCGUCCAAAUCUUCAUGUGGCUGUGAAUUCCUAUGUUACCAAAAUUUUGAUAGAAAACAAGAGGGCAGUGGGCAUUUCACUUUUGAGAGACAACUUAAAACAUAUAAUAAAGGCAAGGAAAGAAGUAAUUAUUUCUGCUGGUGCAUUUAAUAGUCCACAAAUUCUCAUGUUGUCAGGUAUUGGACCAAAGGACCACCUACAAUCAUUGGGGAUACCGCUGAUUGCUGAUUUACCUGUUGGAGACAAUCUAGAGGAUCAUGUCACUGCACCUUUGCUAUUUAAAGAUAACACAACUUCAUCUUUUCAACCGUCAGCAUCAUCACAUUUCCAAUACUUAGCAUUCAAAUCAGGUCCUUUGUCUAAGUCACACUUAGAGUCUAGCGUUUUUCUGAAAGAUGAUGACACCUUGCUUCCAUACAUGCAAAUAACGUUCUACAGUGUGCUGUCGGUACCUUCUGUUGCCUAUGACUUUACAAAAAUGCUAAACUGGGAUCCAAAGAUUACAGAAGGUGUGUAUAAAGCAUAUGAAGACUUCACCAGUAAUAACGGAGGGAGCUUCAUCGCAGCAAGUAUACUUCUCCAUCCCAAGAGUAGAGGAACCAUUCGACUACAGAGCAGCGAUCCUUUUGAUCCACCACUAAUAGAUCCCAACUACUUAGAUCAUCCAGAUGACAUAAAGAUGUUGCUGAAAGGAGUGCAUCAGGUUAUGAAAUUAGCGAACACAACAGCAUUCAGAUCCAUUGGUGCAUCACCAUCAGAUCCCUCUAAAGAGUACUAUCCUCCUUGUAACGAACUUCAAUACCCCUCAGAGGAGUACUGGGUCUGUAGAAUCAAGUAUUAUUCGUUCGGUCUCUGGCAUCCGACCUCUACAUGUAGAAUGGGAGCUCAUAAUGAUGACACAGCUGUUGUUGAUCCACGACUCAGAGUAAAGGGUAUACAGAAUCUUCGUGUGGUCGAUGCGUCUGUAAUGCGCCAUGUUACUUCUGGAAACACAAAUGCUCCUACCAUCAUGAUAGCAGAAAAAGCGGCCGAUAUGAUUCGAGGAAUUGAUAGUGUUGAAGACAUCCGUAAAAUGAUUAAAGAUUUAUAAAUCUUUAUGAAUGUUGAACUGUUAAAGAAUUGCUGUUGGUGCAUGCAUAUACACAGUUACAGACAAGAAACCCAAGGAAUUGAAAUGACAUGUAACACAUCUUAAUAGAUUUCGGAAAGAAACCAAAAAUUGUUAACUGAGAUACUAUUGUUCUAAUUAAACCUGGCCGAUGUUACUCAGGGUUUACAAAAUAUUCUCUCUCUUUCUCUCUCUCUCUCUCUCUCUCUCUCUCUCUCUCUCUCUCUCUUCCAUUAAAAAAAACUUUUAACGAUUUUGAAUACUUUGCCUUUGGUUUCUCAAUUUCUCAGCAUUCUCAAUUAAUGUUGAUCAUUAACAGCCUUUGUUACAGCUAAUCAAGAACAGUGAACAGAGACUUUGCUACACCGCUGGAAUCAAAAAACUACAGAAUUGAAAUGUUUAUAAAUAUGAUCAAAUAUAAGUCCUCUUCCGUAUAUUUUAUUAUGUUAUAAUAGUAUAAAUUUUGUUGUUAGUGCAACUGUGUAAAAUCAUAUUUUUCUCUUUCUUGUUUUAUGAUGGUCCUUAUUCGUACUAAUCAUAUGUGUUUAUCUCAGCUUUUUCUAUUAAUGUACUUGUUUGUGCUUUGUUUUAAGUAGGCAUAAACAAACUUGUGCUGUUAGUUUCUUAUAUAUAUAUAAGUCGUUUAAGUCGGAUAAAGAGCUAUCCAAAUUUGUAUUUAUUUGUUAUAAUGUAUAUAUCUGCCGAGUAUAAAUAAAAAUUGCUUGACUUGACUCGUAUAUAUCAAAAGUCGAAUAUGAAAAAAGUCUUUCAAACAAUUUAAAAGCAUUUUUGAGAGAAAGUGCGUUUUUUAUAUCUUUUCUGCAUAAUUUUAACUCUAUCCUGACACAGGUGACCAUGUGAAACUGUCGGUUCUUUUUUUUUAAAUACACCCUUUUCCUAUUGAAAAAGAAUAUUCAUGCAACUCGUUUAAAUUAUUGUUCAUUAAUAAUAUACAAUCAAGUCAAACCUUUAACGGCUUCUGAGCAUUUUCAGAUUCAUCUUUAUACUUUCUUAAAAAACUGAUAACCAAAUGCAACGAAUAUAAUUUUUGAUGUAUCAGCAUUUGCUGUUUUUGCUCACUAAAGGCAGAAUCUCAGUUGAAACGUAUGAUCAACUCAAAAUAUAAUGUUAGGUUUGAAUGUUUAUCAAUUUGACAAUUCAAUGAAGUAAGUUCUUCAAUGA